AUGUUUUUUGAAGUAGCACUUGCCUCUCCACAGCAGAUAGCAAUCGAGUUCAAUGAACAGACAUGGACAUAUGGGGAACUACUAAUGAAUGUGAUCAAUGUUGCUCGUCAUCUUCAAAUCGAGAUAGGUGACAUUGUCUACCAAUAUGUUGAUCGUAGUUUAGAGAUGGUAUGUGGAUUAUUGGGAAUCAUGUGUGCUGGUGGUGCAUAUUGUCCACUAAGUCCUACUGAUCCACCUAUGUACGUUCGUGCAUUGACUGAUGAAAUUCAAGGCCGAUGUGUUCUCGUUCAUGAAAAUACACGUGAUUUGUUCUCAAAUACGAUUAGUAAACAAAUUCAAAUGAUCAGUCUUGAACAUAUUUUACUAGUUGGUAUGACAGAAGAAGUUGCAGAGAAAAAGAUGUAUGUCGAGUGUAACAGUCCAAGUUGUAUUAUUUGUACAUCUGGUACAACUGGUCGACAAAAAAUAAUUGUACAUACACAUGUAUCUCUUAUAGCAGGUAUUCAUAAUCUGAUGAUUUGGGACACCAAGCACGGUGAUAAAGUUGUUCAAGUAGUUGCAUCUUCCAUGAGUGAAACAAAUGCUGCUAUAGGGCGAGAAAUCGAAGAGAACAUCGAUGAACUUACAGAUUUAAGUAUUGUACCUAUUGGUUUUCCACUAGCGAAAUAUCGAUGUUUACUUGUGGAUGAAAGCAUCGAUGGAGAAGUCAUUUCAUCAUUGGAAACAAACAGAAUUGGUCAAAUUUAUCUUGCAGAUACUUGUCGAUGUUGGUCAUCGUUACCUUCCAUUCCAUAUCGAUCAUACAGUAACAGUCAUGAUUCGAUCAUGAAUAAACAUCGUUUGACAACUGCCAAUAAUAAUAUUAAUAUAACGAAUAAAAAGAUUUUUCAUACAUCAUUACCAACAGUUAUUAAUAUCUCUAAAGAAGAUUCACAUAUGGAUGAAACUGAUCGUUUUCUUAAUGAACAUAGUUCAUCAAAUAAUUUAUCUGAUUUACCAGAUUCAUGUAAUCUUGAAGAAAGAGUUGAAAAUAAAUUACUAUUUCCCGGUUUUGUUGAAAAAGCUUUUUAUUGUCUUCGACAAACAACACCAUUACGUUAUCAAUGUUUAAAACUUAUAACAUGGCCAUGGUUUGAACGUAUAAGUAUCAUUGUUAUUUUACUUAAUUGUAUUACACUUGGCAUGUAUCAGCCAUGUGCACAUCAUACUAAUAUAGAAUUAUCGAAAAAAUGUGAUACAACACUUUGUAUUUGGCUACAAGCAAUAGAUUAUUUUGUUUUUGCAUUUUUUACCAUUGAAGUGUGUAUUAAAAUGAUAGCAAUGGGAAUAUUUGGUAAACGAACUUAUCUAGCUGAAUCAUGGAAUCAACUUGAUUGUUUCAUUGUUCUUACUGGAUUAGUGGAAUUCUUGAUACCAGGUGAUCAUGUAAGUCUAUCAGCUAUCCGUACAGUUCGAGUACUUCGUCCAUUACGUGUCAUUAAUCGUGUACCAUCAAUGCGUAUUCUUGUUAUGCUUCUUCUCGAUACAUUACCUAUGCUUGGGAAUGUACUUCUACUCUGUUUUUUUAUCUUUUUUAUCUUUGGUAUUAUUGGUGUACAAUUAUGGAAAGGAUUAUUACGUAAUCGUUGUUUUUUACAACUGAAUAGUACAAUUAUAGAUCAUUAUGCAAUAUUCGAUGAUUUUCCUUUUCAAUCUUUUUACAUUCCUUCUGAUCAAGAUUCAUUUAUUUGUUCUGAUUCAUCAUCAAGUGGAAUGACAAAAUGUUCAGAAAUUCCACAAUUUCGUCAAGAUAAUAUGAUAUGUAAACUUGAUAUUCAUUCAUUGACUUCAUCAUUAACAAAUAAAACAAUAAAUGGAUGUAUUAAUUGGAAUCAAUAUUAUCAAUUAUGUGCUAUUUCUGAUAAAAAUCCAUUUUCUGGAUCGAUUAGUUUCGAUAAUAUUGGUUUAUCAUGGCUUGCUAUCUUUCAAAUAAUUACUCUUGAAAAUUGGAUUAGUAUAAUGUAUUACAUACAAGAUGCACAUUCAUUUUGGGAUUGGAUUUAUUUUGUAUGUCUUAUUGUCAUUGGUUCAUUUUUUAUGAUGAAUCUUUGUCUUGCUGUUAUUUCUACACAAUUUAGUAUAACAAAAAAACGUGAAACAGAAAAAAUGUUAGUUGAACAAAAACGUUUUUCACGUUCAACAACUACAUUAACAAAUGAACAACAAGGUUCUUGUUGGGAAGAAAUAAUUAAAUAUUUUCAAAGAUUAUUGAAACGUGUAUAUAAACGAUUUGAAACAUGCUGGAAAUAUUGUCGACAAAAACAUGAUAAAAAUAAUCAAAGACAUCAUCGAAACGUAACAACACCAAAAAAGAUAUUAACAUCGAAUGUAUUAUCUACAACUGAUGACAAAAUAAUCUCGUCAACUCCACUAAUCAAUCAAAACCAUCGAUCAAAUUGUCGACAUCAUCAAUCUCAAUCAUUACUAGUAUUAACACCAUUAUCCAAAUCGAUUGAUUAUGGCACUGGUAAUUGUGAUAUUAGUCCAGACGUAAUUACUUCAACAUCAGCAAAUAAUAAUUCACUUAUUGAAAAAAAUCUACGAAAAGAUGAAAACUUUGAAUUUGAACGACAAGAACAAAAAGAAAGAAAUGACAUAUGUGAUUGUUAUUAUCAAGAUGAAAUUGUUAAUACAUUCGAGAAUAGUCAAGAAGAAGAAGAGAGAGAAAAAUCAAAAUUUCGUCAAAAAAGUGAAAUUUGUUGUUGUUGUUGUUGUUCAUGUUUUACAAUAAUAAAAAAAUUAAUAUCACGUUUUGUUGCUAGUAAAUAUUUUGAUCGUAUUAUUUUCUCAGCUAUUAUUAUGAAUACAUUUUCAAUGUCUGUUGAAUAUCAUGGACAACCACAAUUACUAACAAAUAUAUUGGAAUAUAGCAAUACGUUUUUUAUAAUAUUAUUUACAAUUGAAAUGUUAUUUAAAAUCAUUGCUAAAGGUUGUUUAAAAUAUAUUAAAAAUCCAUUUAAUCUAUUUGAUGGUGGAAUUGUAUUAAUUAGUCUUAUUGAAUUAUAUGGAGCAAAAAAUAGUGGAUUAUCUGUUUUACGUACGUUUAGAUUAUUACGUGUACUUAAACUUGUCCGAUUUAUGCCAACAUUAAGACGACAAUUGGUUGUUAUGGUUAAAACAUUGGACAGUGUUGCAGCAUUUUUAUUAUUAUUAAUUCUCUUUAUAUUCAUUUUCAGUGUUCUUGGUAUGCAUUUAUUUGGUGGUAAAUUUUGCACGCUUGAAGCAUUCAAUAGAACAUCACAUGAACAAAUUGAUAUGAAAUGUCGUUGUUGUGCAUGUGUCGAAUGGAAUUUAUUUAAAAACUCUACUAAUCUCAAAGAUUCAACAUGUAUACAAGAUAGAGCAAACUUCGAUUCACUUCGUUCUGCAUUAUUAACUGUAUUUCAGAUACUAACACAAGAAGAUUGGAAUGAAGUACUUUAUAAUGGGAUGAAAAAGACAAGUCCAUGGUCAGCAUUAUAUUUUAUUGCACUUAUGAUAUUUGGUAAUUAUAUUUUACUCAAUUUACUUGUUGCUAUUCUUGUUGAAAGUUUUCCAAAUGAAAGAGACAAUGGUACAACAAAUAUUAGUAAUAGUACAGGUAGAUUAGACGAAGCAGAUCCAUUUAAAACACAAGCAAUUCUCACAGGUAAUAUUCAAACAUCUGAGAAUCUUGAUGAAUCGACAAAUAUUAAACACAGUAGUAUUAAUACGAAAACUGGUCGACAACAAGAUAUAUUAGCUGGUACUUUACGUCAUACAAAUUCUAAUCGAUCAUUUCCAUUAUCAUCAACACGAUAUUUUAUUGUUCAGAAAGGAAAUUUAAUUGAACAAGAAUCCAAUAAUAUAACAAAUCCUGAUUUAAAUAAAAUUGUUAAACGUCGAUCAACGAUCGAUAAUUCAUCAUAUUUAUUUAAUCAAAAUGUAUCAAUAAGUAUUUAUCAACCAUCAAGAAUACAAGAAAGCAAUGAUAGACAUACAGAAUCUAAUGCUAAUAGUACUAUACAACUAGAAUUACCAAUUCAAAAAUCAGGAGGAACUGGAUCGUGUUUAAGUCGGAUUUGUCGCCAACGAAUAUUUGAAUGUAUAAAGAAGCAAGAAAACUAUUCACUUUAUCUUUUUUCACCUUCGAAUAGACUACGCAAAAUGUUUCAACGAUUAAUUGCACAAAAAUCAUUUGAUUAUUUAAUUCUUUUGUUUAUUAUUCUCAAUUGUGUUACACUCGGUAUGGAACGUCCAUCAAUUUCUCCUAUAAGUUUUGAACGAAAAUUUUUGAAUUACACUGCUUAUAUAUUUACAGCUAUUUUUACUAUUGAAAUGAUGAUUAAAGUAAUUGCAAGUGGACUUAUUUUUGGACCUAAUACAUAUUUACAUACUGGUUGGAAUGUUAUGGAUGGAUUUCUUGUAGUUAUUUCAAUUGUUGAUAUUGCUAUAAUGAAUCGAGGUAGUAUUAUGUCAUCUACAGAGUCGGAUAUAACAUCACAUAUUCUGGGCAUGUUGAGAGUCUUUCGUUUAUUACGAACAUUACGAGCACUUACAAUUAUUCAUCGAGCACCUGGUCUUAAACUUGUUGUUCAAGCUUUACUUGCAUCAUUGAGACCAAUCGGUAAUAUUGUUGUUAUUUGUUGUGUAUUCUUUAUCAUCUUUGGCAUUCUUGGUGUUCAGCUCUUCAAAGGUAAAUUCUACUAUUGUGAAGGUCCUCUCGCUCGUGAUAUAAUAACAAGACAACAAUGUGAAGCUCUAUCCGAUCAUCGAUGGCUAAAUCAACAAUAUAAUUUUGAUAAUUUGGGUCGAGCUCUACUAACAUUAUUUGUUCUUUCAUCAAAAGAUGGUUGGGUACAAAUAAUGUAUAAUGGUAUUGAUGCAGUUAAUGUUGAUAUGCAACCAAUAAGAAAUUAUAAUGAAGCAAAAUUAAUUUAUUUUAUAUCAUAUAUUUUAAUUGUCAGUUUUGUCGUUCUUAAUAUGUUUGUUGGUGUUGUUAUUGAAAAUUUUCAUACUUGUCGAGCCCAACAAGAACGUGAAGAAGAAGCUCGAAAAAAAGCAAAACAUGCAAAAAAAAUUCAACGUAAACGACGUCUUAUGCAUGAAUUACCAUAUUAUGCACAUUUUUCACCAUGGCGUAAACGUUUACAUGAUCUAUGCAUUAAUAAAUAUUUUGAUUUAUUUAUUGCUGCUAUUAUUGGUUUUAAUGUUGUUACAAUGUCACUUGAAUUUUAUUCUAUGCCUUUGUACUUGAAUAAGUUUCUUGAAUAUUGUAAUUAUGUAUUUACGGUUGUAUUCUUACUUGAAUUUAUAUGGAAAAUUGUUGCACUUGGACCAUCACGUUAUUUUAAAGACAAAUGGAAUCAAUUGGAUUCAUUUAUUGUACUUUUAUCAAUAGCUAGUAUUGUAAUGGAAAACAUAUUACAUGAACAUAUUCUUCCAAUAAAUCCUACACUUAUUCGUGUAAUCAGAGUAUUGAGAAUUGCACGAGUACUCAAACUACUGAAAAUAGCCAAAGGUGUUCGAGCUCUAUUAGAUACUGUUAUUGAAGCUCUUCCACAAGUUGGAAAUUUGGGUCUUUUGUUUUUUCUUCUUUUCUUUAUCUUUGCUACACUUGGUGUUGAAUUAUUUGGAAAAUUAGAAUGUAGUGAAGAACAACCAUGCAGUGGUCUUGAUAAGCAUGCAAAUUUUAAAAAUUUUGCCAUAGCUCUUCUUACGUUAUUUCGUGUUGCAACAGGUGAUAAUUGGAAUAGUAUAAUGAAAGCAAGUGAUUGA